CUAGCUUGACUAGCUUCCACAUGGCUUCCGGAGCUUUCCUUGUUGCGGCCAUGGUGGCCGUGGCCGUGUCGGCGGCGGGGGUGGGAGGCGACUUCGCGGCGGACCAGAAGGAGUGCUCGGACAAGCUGGUGUCGCUGGCGACGUGCCUGACGUUCGUGCAGGGGCAGGCACCGUCGCCGACGCCGGACUGCUGCGCGGGGCUGAAGACGGUGCUGCAGACGGGCCGCAAGUGCCUGUGCGUGCUCGUCAAGGACCGUGACGACCCCGGCCUGGGCCUCAAGAUCAACGUCACAAGGGCGCUCGGACUCCCCGCCGCCUGCAGCGCGCCCGCCAACAUCUCCGACUGCCCAAGGCUACUUAACCUGCCACCCAACUCCAAGGACGCGCAGGUCUUCGAGCAGUUCGCCAAGCAACAGGCAGCUGCCCAGAGCAGCCCCAGUGGUGGUGGUGGGUCGAGUGCGCCGAGCACGGGCGCACAGAAGAACGCGGCGACGAGGAUGAGGUGGUUGGGAGUGGGCGGAGUCGGUGGCGCCGCACGCGCAGUGCCGCUCUUCUUCUUGGUCUGCACCGCCAUCCCACUUCGCCCUGCCUUUCCUGCUUCUUCUGGGCUGAAUAAAACGGAAAGGAACUGA